AGACAGCAACCUGAAAUGAUGCAGUUAUGGCCAACAGAUAUAGAAAAGUACUCAGAAGACUCCGCUCACAAAAUAYUCGGCGCUGAAACARUCUUURGUUCAACAACGAAGUUUCCUCUAAAAGAGCCAGCCAUGAGGUGCUUAAUCAUCGUUUUCUUGGUUCAGCUGUUUUAUGCCAACAUACCAGGAAUUGUAUGCCARGGUAUAACCGUCCAAACCAAUUGCCCUGGRACAACAAACMGCUAUGGUUACAUCACAUCACCUAAUUAUCCCUCUAACUAUGGAAACYACGAAAGCUGCUACUGGUUAUUAACAGUACAUACAGGAACAGCUACUAUCCAUCUUUCUUUURAUUCCUUUCACAUUGAGUCAGGAUGGGACUAUGUCAGGGUUUAUGAUGGUAGUUUAUCUAACUUAAUUGGUACAUUCAGUGGGAAUGUCGUUCCAAGUAACUUAAUCAGCGCGUCCAAUCAGAUAAACAUUACCUUUACUUCUGAUAGUUCUGUAACUGAGAGAGGGUUUUCAUUAAACUAUGCUCCUAGCUUGGCACCUAGAAUAAAAGUCACUUGUGAAGACAGUUAUAUGGUGGUGGACCUGGGACGUUCUCAUUUCUCUAACAUUACCUGGGAAAACCUUCACCUAAAUGAUCCUGCAUGCCGAGCGAGCCUAACCUCGACGACUAUUCGUCUAAGAACACGUCUGAACAGUUGUGGCACUACUCAUAAAGAAUACGAUGAUAAGCUGGUCUUCACUAACAAGGUAAUGGACGACAAAAGUCACCUAAACGAUUCAGAUGGCGUCAUAACACGUGAGAGCGUUGCCCUUUUGCAGUAUCACUGCAAAUAUUCCAGGCGAAAAACCGUUGGCAUCAGCUUUAAUGCUUCAAAAGAGACGAUGCAAGCUUCUGAAGGUAAAAAAUACAAGACCUAUGAUGCAUACUUCAAAAUAACUUGGAAUAACUUGCAGCCUGCAGAUCUUCCCCAACACGAAGAAAGAAGUCUCCAAAACUCCUUUUUGUAUUGCAGAAGUAAUUGCUGUUGUUUUUGUUUAAUUAUCAGCUGCCCAAUGGACAGUACCAUGAUUUACAGAUACUAUCCAAGCAGUUCAGUACAGAGGUUUUCUAUCAAGUCGUUUCGUUUCCUCCGCACUAGCAAACGACUCGUUUACCUUCACUGUGAACUGUUGGUUUGUCAUCGUAAUUCAACCAACUCAAGGUGUUCAUCUGGUUGUGUCGGGUCUAGGCGACGUCGUGAUACUGAUGACUACGAUGAUACAAGUAAUUCGUAUGGCUUAUCAACUGGUCCCAUUGCUGGAGAUAAGAUUGAUUUGAGUGAAACUGAUCAGAACAAAGGUACCGAGCACAAGGUUCAAGGCAUGACUAUUGGUCUUAGUGUGAUGGGAGGGGUGCUGGCRUUAGUUUGUGYAGCCGUCAUAAUGAAGCUCGUUCACGCRAAGGUUUUGAAGUCAAGGAAGAGCAGAUCUGCUUCUGCAUAUGAGGUCAAAACCAACGAGGGAUCAGCAGCUUCUAACCUCGACGAUUGUCCUACUGAACACGCGGUGAAYGCCUACGAUGGGCCAGCGGCUUUCCAGCUGGAUGAAAUAGCGAAAGCCUGACCUUGAACUAUGACUCAAGUUAACAUGUCAAAACACUCCUUGAUUUUUAAUCUUUUAGUACAAAGAUCUAAUUGAUAAGAUAUUGUCAGGUUCAAAAACGCCAUGCAGUACGUCAUUGAAAAAUAUUUGCGAAAUUAUGCGCAUUGUACGGAUCAGCAUAGAAGAACUCAUAGAACAAGAUCAGGAAGAGUAAUUAAAGCCCCCAAGAGAUAUUAAU